CUGUUUGUUUUCUGUAGCAACGAAAGAAAAACAUCUAAAAGUCUCCGUUAACGGUUUCAGGAUGUCUGCAGCUGAUGAACCCGUCAGAGACUUCACACUGAACCUGAACCGACCUGCAGAUCCGUUCGGGUACCAGAAUGCUCGAGCAUGUCAGGACAUCUCGCGGGCGUCACGGGAGGAGCUGGAGGACCGGUUCCUGCGCCUCCACGAGGAGAAUCUGCUCCUCAAACAGCAGAUUCACAAACAGGACGACAAGAUCAAGAAGCUGGGCACGAAGCUGAUGAGGCUGGUGAAGGAUCGCGGCCGGAUGGAGCAGCUGGCGGCGGGCGGCGCUCAGCCAGUGUCCAGGCUGCGGGACGUGGAGAUGGAGGAGAUGAUGGAAGAGCUCCAGGAGAAGGUCAGAGGGCUGCAGGCUGAGAACGAGAGACUGAAACAGCGCCUCCUGGUGUCCAAACAGCAGCUCCUUAACUCCCAGAGCAGGAGGCCGAGUCCUUACGGCCACGUCCAGCCACGAGUCAACUCUGGGACGAACAGGCUGCGAGACGACGCGUCCUCGCCUUCUCACACACGACCCAAAAGUACCAGGAGUCUGGAAGGAGCCGGCAGACCUCCAACCGGCCAGCUGCCUCGAUACGGACACAGUCUGCUGGAGGAAGCCCGAGCCGAGAUCCGGAACCUGGAGAACGUGGUGGAGUCUCAGCGCAGCCUGAUGGAGCAGAGGGAAGCAGCGUCGGAGAACCUGCGUGAGGAACUGAGGAAGAAAGAAGAAGAGUUUGAAGAACGUCUCCUGAUGGUCCGCCAGCAGCAGACCUCCAACGUCAGGUCUCAUGUGAACAGCAACGUGCUGAUGAUCAAACUUCAGAAGCAGCUCGCUGACAGAUCCAACACCGUCACGGAGCUGGAGGGUCGCUUCCUCCAGAUCCAAGAGAGUCAGAGGAGUCUGAAGCUCAGCCACGACGCCGCCAUGCUGAAGGUGGACGAGCUGUCGUCUCAGCUCAAAGAAGAACGUCUGAAGAGUUUAGAGCUGGAGAACCGGCUGCAGCGCUCCGUCAUGUCCAAGAAGAGCGUGGAGCAGCUGCAGGAACGACUCAGCGAGCUGCAGCAGGAGAAAGAUCUGCUGCAGGAAACCAACGACAGGCUGCUCAACAGCGCGUUGGACGUCUCUCAGCAGCAGAAGUGGUUCGUUCAGGAGCAGCAGCUGCGUCUGCAGGUUUCUCAGCUGGAGGCGGCGCUGCAGGCCGACCUCGUCGACAAAAACCAGAUCCUCGACAAAAUCAAGACUGAGAGGGACACCAAUGAGAAGCUGACAGAAGAGAAUCAGAAGCUUCGUCUUCAGUUUAUGGAACAGAAGCAGCGACUGGAAGAGCUGACACACAGCAGGGAGAGUGAGUACGACGUGGAUGAACUUGCAGAAGCUCUGCUGCUGGUGAAGAAGCGUAGAUGUGAGCAGAGCUCUGAGCUCAGCUUCCUGAAGCUCGACGCAGCGAGCGGCUCUCAGAGCUCCGUCGCUGAGCUGCGAGCCGCUCACGCUGAAACCAUCCAGGAGCUGGAGAAGACCCGAAACCUGCUGAGCAUGGAGAGCCAGAUCUGCAGGGACUACAAGGCGGAGCUGCAGGCGGAGCUGCGGAGGAUGGAGAGCGAGCGGCGGGAGUCUGAACACAAACUGCAGCAUCAGGCGGAGCUGCUGGACGGCAGAGCGGCCCGGAUCAGGAAGCUGGAAGCUCAGCUCAGAGACAUCGCCUACGGAACCAAAACCUACGGAACCAAAACCUACGGAACCGAAGCAGCCGUGAACGAGGAGGAGGAGGAGGAGGAGGAGGAGUUAGAGCGAGGAGCGAACCUGGUGGAGCUGCAGAUAGUCAGUGCGGUUCUGUCGGAGUCGGCCCUGGAGGUUCUGGGUGAUGGGGAACCCUCCACCUUCUGCACCUACUCCUUCUACCGGUCUGACCUGCACUCCACUCCGGUGGCCGCGGGCCAGAACCCUCAGUACGGCUUCACAUCCAAGUACGUGGUGAGCAUGGACCAGGACUUCCUGGACUACCUGCACAGGUUCUCUGUCAGCGUGGAGAUGCAUCAGGCUCUGGGACUCGACUGGAGAACCGUGGCCACCGGCAAGCUGCAGCUGCAGCAGCUCCUGGACCAGAACGGGAAGGUGCAUGGAACCAUAACGCUGGUCGGUUCCUGCGAGGAGGCGCGGUGCUUCGGCUCGGUGGAUUACUGGAUGAGGUUCAAGAUGCCGAUGACACAAACUCUGCGUCUGUAUAAAGAGAAGCUCAAGCCAAUCAGCAGCAGCUGGAACGAACUCAUGAUCAGUGUUCAGCGCUGCUCAGACCUGCAGUCCGGUUCCCUGCAGUCCGGUUCCCAGCAGCCCGGUUCCCAGCAGUCCGGUUCCCAGCAGUCCGGUUCCCAGCAGCCCAGCUCCUACGUGGUCUACAAGUUCUUUGACUUCCCCGACUAUCCUACCGCCACCGUCCACGCCUGCCGCCAUCCGCAGUUCCACGACGUCAAGUCCUACUCGGUCCACAUGGACGAGGAGCUGGACCGGUACCUGAAGUCCGAGGUUCUUCAGUUCUACGUGUUUGACUCCGAAGAGGAGCAGACGGACGUGUAUUUGGGCAAAGCUCGCGUUCCUCUGCUGCCUCUGAGCCAGAACCGCAGCAUCAGCGGUGCGCUGCAGCUCAUCGACUCUUCUGGACUUCCUGUCGGCCAUCUUGAAGUCACACUGAAGUGGAGGGAAGCGUACUUCUGUCCUGCCGGCUCCAUCACAGCUGGAGAGGAGAAGCAUGAGGAGGAAGAGGAACCAAAGCUCAGGCCGAGGACCCGGCUGAAGGACGGACCGGGGACCCUGCCGAAGGACGGACCGGGGACCCUGCCGAGGGACGGACCGGGGACCCGGCUGAAGGACGGACCGGGGACCCUGCUGAAGGACGGACCGAGGGACGGACCGGGGACCCUGCCGAGGGACGGACCGGGGACCCGGCUGAAGGACGGACCGGGGACCCUGCUGAAGGACGGACCGGGGACCCGGCUGAAGGACGGACCGGCUGCUAAAAAGGUCACAUUCAUAGAAGCAGGCGACCAGACUGAAGCUCGGAGCUCAGCAGCUGAAAAGAUGGAGGAAGAGGAAGAGGAAGAGGAGGAGGAGUCUCACGUCUCUGAAGGACAGCUGGCAGCGAGCGCUCAGUCCUGCUCCGAUGACUCCGACGUUUCUGAGGAGAUUAUUGAAGAUGUUGAGGAAGUCCCAGCAGCUGCAGAGGUUCAGAGAGAGUCGAGCCAGUCGGACAGCGAUGACUGCAUCGUUCAUGGGCCGGCCGUGGGGAGGAAGGCCUCGGACCGCGUGCGGGUGGAGGUGGUGUCUCUGAGCCUCCGCCCGGACGCUCGCGUGUCUCGGGACGCCAGCGUCGUCCGGCUGUUUGUAGAAUAUUCCUUCCUGGAUCUACCGACAGAGGAAACACCCGUAUCCCUGCCGAAACCUGGACCCGGCAAAACCAUCAACUACAACUACAGCAAAGUCGUUCCGGUGGACGCAGAGACACACGGAGCCAGACGGCAGCUGCUCAGAGGAAUCCUGCAGGGACGGAACCCGGCCAUGGAGAGGGUCAGGUUCACGGUGGUCAGUGAGCCUCCUGAGGAAGAGGAGCAGGACAGAGAGUGUGAAGAUGUGGGCGUGGCCUAUCUGAGGAUCCCUGAAGUCCUGGAGACACACGGAGACCUGCUGGAGACCAGUCUGCCCAUUUCAGGUGUGGAGGACAGUGAGGUUCUCGGGAGUCUUGUUGUGUCUCUGGAAGGUUACGAUGCUCUGCUGUCCAUCAUGAAGGAGGCGGAGCUACAGCCUCUGACAUCAUCAUGAAGGAGGCGGAGCUACAGCCUCUGACAUCAUCAUGAAGGAGGCGGAGCUACAGCCUCUGACAUCAUCAUGAAAGAGGCGGAGCUACAGCCUCUGACAUCACCAUGAAGGAGGCGGAGCUACAGCUCUGACAUCACCAUGAAAGAGGCGGAGCUACAGCCUCUGACAUCACCAUGAAGGAGGCGGAGCUACAGCUCUGACAUCACCAUGAAAGAGGCGGAGCUACAGCUCUGACAUCACCAUGAAAGAGGCGGAGCUACAGCUCUGACAUCACCAUGAAAGAGGCGGAGCUACAGCUCUGACAUCACCAUGAAAGAGGCGGAGCUACAGCUCUGACAUCACCAUGAAAGAGGCGGAGCUACAGCUCUGACAUCACCAUGAAAGAGGCGGAGCUACAGCUCUGACAUCACCAUGAA